GGGCGGGGCAGCCGCGACCACGGUCUUCAGGCAGGGCUGCAGAUGCAGGCCCAGCUCUACCUCGCGGGUCCAGGGUCGGGAGUCCGAGACGCAGGUGCAGCAGAGGGCGGGGCACGUAGCGCAUUUCCAGCGCAUUUUCUCUUUGCAUUCUCGAGAUCGCUUAGCCGCGCUUUAGAAAGGUUUGCAUCAGCUCCGAGUCCAUCUGACAAGCGAGGAAACUGAGGCUGAGAAGUGGGAGGCGUUGCCAUCUGCAGGCCCAGGCAACCUGCUACGGGAAGACCGGGGGCCAAGACCUCCGGGUUGGCUUUCCCAGGCCAGCUUGGGUCUUCGGGUGUCGGGAGCAAGGGCCCAGCUCCUUUCGUUUCCUGCACCCCUCGCCGCUGCAGGUGGCUCCCUGGAGGAGGAGCUCCCACGCGGAGGAGGAGCCAGGGCAGCUGGGAGCGAGGACACCAUCCUCCUGGAUAACAGGCAGAGGCCGGGAGGAACCCGUCAGUCGGGCGGGCAGGAAGCUCUGGGAUCAGCCUCAUGGAAGAGAAGCAGAUCCUGUGCGUGGGGCUAGUGGUGCUGGACGUCAUCAGCCUGGUGGACAAGUACCCUAAGGAGGACUCAGAGAUAAGGUGCUUGUCCCAGAGAUGGCAACGCGGAGGCAACGCGUCCAACUCCUGCACCGUUCUCUCCCUGCUCGGAGCCCCCUGUGCCUUCAUGGGCUCAAUGGCCCCUGGCCAUGUUGCUGACUUCCUGGUGGCCGACUUCAGGCGGCGGGGUGUGGACGUGUCUCAGGUGGCCUGGCAGAGCAAGGGGGACACCCCCAGCUCCUGCUGCAUCAUCAACAACUCCAAUGGCAACCGUACCAUUGUGCUCCAUGACACGAGCCUGCCAGAUGUGUCUGCUACGGACUUUGAGAAGGUUGAUCUGACCCAGUUCAAGUGGAUCCACAUUGAGGGCCGGAACGCAUCGGAGCAGGUGAAGAUGCUGCAGCGGAUAGACGCGCACAACACCAGGCAGCCUCCAGAGCAGAAGAUCCGGGUGUCCGUGGAGGUGGAGAAGCCACGAGAGGAGCUCUUUCAGCUGUUUGGCUACGGAGACGUGGUGUUUGUCAGCAAAGAUGUGGCCAAGCACUUGGGGUUCCAGUCAGCAGGGGAAGCCCUGAGGGGCUUGUAUGGUCGUGUGAGGAAAGGGGCUGUGCUUGUCUGUGCCUGGGCUGAGGAGGGCGCCGACGCCCUGGGCCCUGAUGGCAAACUGAUCCACUCGGAUGCUUUCCCGCCACCCCGCGUGGUGGAUACCCUGGGGGCUGGAGACACCUUCAAUGCCUCCGUCAUCUUCAGCCUCUCCCAGGGGAGGAGCGUGCAGGAAGCACUGAGAUUCGGAUGCCAGGUGGCCGGCAAGAAGUGUGGCCAGCAGGGCUUUGAUGGCAUCGUGUCAGAGCCGGUGCGGUAGGAGGUGCCGGCUCCCCGCACACUAUGGAGGCUGACAUUGCGGCUGCAUCGCCUUCUCCCCUCCAUCCAGCCUGGCAUCCAGGUUGCCCUGCUCAGGGGACAGAUGCAGGCUGUGGGGAGGACUCUGCCUGUGUCCUGUGUUCCCCACACGUCUCUCCCUGCAGAGCCUCACAGCGAAUAAAUCUUCCUCAGAGCCAGCUUCCCCUGGCAG